CUCGACAGUUAGCAGGACUCGGGCUCGGAGUCACACCCGACCCCGGCGUCGCCUGUCUGCGUGGGCCGCGCUAGGGCUCCGAGUCUGAGUCUGAAGCCGCGUCGCGGCUUCCACUAUGCCCGUCCUCCACGAUUAUUAAGUGGCGCCCGUUCGUUCCGCAGGCAGCAGGAGGAUGAUGAGGGUUCGUUUCGCGCCGGAGGCACUAGGUGGGUUCGGGGUCCUCGUCCUCCGCCUCCUGUCCCCACUCAUCCUCAGCGAGGGGACGCUGAGCUCCCCGGGACCCCCCGGUCGGCGCGCUCAAAGUACCGGGCAGGGUUUUCUGGAGAAGUAUGGAUACCUCCAUCCGGAUGGCCAAUGGCACAGCUCGGCGGAAGUCAGCUCGGCUGUCAGGGAGUUCCAGUGGCUCUCCCACCUGCCAGUUACAGGGCAGCUGGAUGGAGCUACCAUGCACCAGAUGGCAGCCCCCCGGUGUGGGGUGGGAGAUGGACGGAGCCACCGUGCCUGGACCCAGAGGGUGGACAACCUCUUCUUGGGAACUGUGACCAUUGGCGGUCAGCACCGCCGGAGCAAGCGUUACACCCAACAAGGUAAGAAGUGGUACAAGAGGCACCUAACGUAUCGCAUCGUGAACUGGCCGCGCCACCUCUCUGUAGGGCAGGUGAGGCUGGCAGUUCACACUGCGUUCCAGCUGUGGAGCAAUGUGUCCGCCCUGGUUUUCCGGGAGGUGACCCAAGGGCUGGCUGAUAUCCGCUUGGCCUUCUUCGAGGGCGAGCACGAUGACGGCACAGGGAACGCCUUCGAUGGCCCAGGGGGAGCCCUGGCACACGCCUUCUUCCCCUGUCGGGGCGAGGCACACUUCGACAUGGCGGAGCGAUGGACGCUGCACAGCCAAAAGGGACACAACCUGUUCAUGGUGGCGGCCCACGAGAUCGGACACACGCUGGGGCUGGAACACUCGCCGGUGCGGCGGGCGCUCAUGUCGCCCUAUUACAAGAAGCUGAGCAAGGCGCUGGUGCUCAACUGGGAUGACAUCGUGGCCGUGCAGCAGCUCUACGGAAAGCCCUCCAGCGGACAACGAGCUCAGUCACCUGGACAGGUGUUCAUAUUGGCCCUGCAGGACCUGGAAUUGGCCCAGAGGCAGGUGGAAGGUCCAGACUCUGCUCCACCCCAGUACUGCCAGGGUUCCUUUGAUGCUGUAACUAUGGAUGUGGACGGUGCAGUCCUAGUGUUUCGGGGGGGGCUGUCCUGGGUGGUGUCAGCCCAGGGCAACGUGAGUGCCCCCACCCCACUCUGGCAGCGCUGGCCACAACUGCGCCUUCCCAUCGAGGCUGCUGCUUUCUCUACAAUGGACAACAAACUCUACGUUUUCAAAGGCAGGCGUAUGUGGCGCUACUCAGACAAGGGCCUGGACCCUGGCUUCCCUAAGAGUACUGCUGAAUUGGGCCUGCCUCGAAACCCAGACUGUGCCUUCUACUACACCCCUCUGGGUCACAUGAUCUUGUUCAAGGGCUCUCGCUAUUUUGUCCUGAACCUGACCACCCUGCAGCCAGAGCCCUACUAUCCUCGUGGCCUGGCGGACUGGAAGGGCCUCCCCCGUGGGGCCAAUGGGGCCUUGAGCCGCCCUGAUGGACAUCUCUACGUGUUCAGGGAGCAGCGGUACUGGCGGUUUGACCCGGGCAAAGUGCGGGUAACAGGUAGUGGCUUUUGGGCUCAAGACCUUGAUUGGAUUGGCUGUUCCAGAGCCCAGAGCGCCAAUGAUGUCCUCUGACCCCUAGAGGGAGCUGCAGCACCAAAUAAUUGAACAGGUAAUUAAGGGAGUCUGUGCAAUGAAACAUAUCCUAUACUUGCUUUCUCACUCCUGUCUGCCUGGGACUUUUGCUGCUUGAGAAAUCUGGAUGACAAUGGCUCAGUCACUCUUGCACAUGCAUAGACUCUGGCUCAGAAAAAAGAAAACAAAAUGAAUGUAAACCGAACGCUCAGUUCUCAGCAAAGCGAUUACAAGGAAAACCAUUUAUUACAGUUGUAUCAAAAAACAACAAAAGGGCAUCUGCAUGGAUUCAGCAGCUCUUAGCUGUUUGUUUUUACAUCUAUGAAGAAGCCUUUUUAUGAAGCUGAAUUUAGUAAUUAACAAUUUAACUGUGAAGCAGGUGAUAUCAAUUUUGCACAAAGGGAUUGUGUAUGGGGUGGUGCGGUGGUGUGGUGGCGCAGUGGGUUGGGCCGCAGUCCUGCUUUCCGGUG